CCAAUAGGGUGAGACAUGGCGCUGACUCCCGGCGAACGCGGAACUCCCGCAGCCGGCGCGCGUAUCUCCGGCGGACGCGGUGUGAAGGUGCUCUUGCCUAGCGUUGGGCCCGGGGCAGCCAUGGAGGGAGCUCGGGUGCUGCUCCGGACCCUUCUCUACACUGUCAACUCCCUGCUGCAGCGGCGCCGCUACCACACCGCGCUUGCGGCCCUCAAGGGCUUCCGGAACGGAGCCGUCUAUGGAGCAAAAAUCCGAGCACCCCAUGCUCUGGUGAUGACUUUUCUCUUCAAGAGUGGAAGUCUGAGAGAGAAAUUGAAAGCAAUUGCUCAGGCCACUUACACUCAUUCCAGAAACCUGGCCUACUUCGUGUUCACUUACAAGGGUCUGAUGGCACUACAAUCCCGACUACAAGGAAAGAACUUCCAGUUUCACUCCUUCUUGGCAGCCUGCAUUGGGGGCUGGUUAGUGUUUGGUGAAAACAAUGCUAUCAACAGCCAGAUCAUCAUGUACUUGCUGUCUCGCACCCUGUUUGCCUUUUCCCGCCUGGCAGUGGAGAAGGGUUAUAUCCCAGAGCCAAAGCGGGACCCAUUCCCCCUCACGGCUGCUCUUAUCUGGGGGACCAUUCUUUGGCUCUUUGAAUAUCACCGACACACUCUACAGCCUUCACUUCAGUCCUCCAUGACUUACCUAUAUGAUGACAGUAAUGUAUGGCAUGAUAUUUCUGACUUCCUCAUUUAUAACAAAAGCAAUUCUGAGAAGUGAUUGGCUGAUCUUCAGGGACUUUUGAAUAAUGGCGUAUUCCAG